AUGGAGCAACUCACGAUCGCCAAAGCGCACGAAGGCUUCCGGUCCGGUAGCUUUUCCUCUCACGCUCUUGUGUCGUACUAUCUCGGGCGCAUCGAGGCUCUUGACAAAGCCGGACCGAAGUUGAAUGCAAUUCUUGCCAUCUCCCCCAGUGCACUCCAAGAUGCUGCCGCGCUGGAUCAGUAUCUCAAGGAACGCGGGGAGCUCAAGGGUCCCCUCCACGGGAUCCCGGUGCUGAUCAAGGACCAGGCUGCUACCGCUGGUCUGGAGACGACGUAUGGCUCUGUCGCUGCCAAGGGGCACAUCCCCAAGGAGGAUGCCACCUUGGUCAAGAAGCUCAGGGGCGCAGGUGCCAUCGUGCUGGCCAAGACGUCCAUGCCAGAUUGGGCGACGUCAUGGCACUCGACGUCGUCUCUCUCUGGUCUCACAGGCAAUCCCUACGACCCAUCCCGUGAUCCUGGCGGGUCAAGCUCCGGCACUGGGGCUGCUAUCGCGGCUGACUUCGCGCUGCUCGGGUUGGGGGAAGACACCGGCGGCUCGAUCCGCCUGCCAUCCUCCUUCUGCGGCCUGGUCGGCCUCCGUCCGACUCCAGGCAUGAUCAGUCGUUACGGCAUGUCGCCGCUCGUGGUGCCCCAGGACACUCCUGGGCCCAUGUGUCGAACCGUCCGCGACGCUGCUUUGAUGUUCGACGCCAUGGUUGGGUUCGACUCCAAGGACCCUUUCACAAGCGUCAACAUAACCACCGGCCCACCCGUUGGCGGAAGUUAUGCUGCUGGGCUGUCUAGUGCUAAGACCUCGACCCUCCGGAUCGGCGUUGUGAAGGAGCUUUUUGGGUCUGACGAGGACGGUUCCCAGGCUCCGGUGAACGUCGUGGUCCGCGAUGCGCUGCAGAAGCUUCAAAACGCCGGCGCGACUCUGGUCGAUGUGACGAUUCCCAAUCUCUUCCACUACUUUCAGGAGACCUUCCUCUACGCCCUGCGGUCCCGGUCGGACCUGGACUUGUUCUUCGCUUCGCAUCCGAGCCCGGAAAUCUCCAAGCUCAAGGUUGCCGACCUGGGGAAAUCCAAGACCUUUCAUCAGGCACUGGAUCUCUUCGCCACGAUUGCCGAGGGUCCCAGCUCACCACACGACGCCAAUGGCGAAUUUUCGCGCAAGCUCCUGGCCCAAGCCGAAUUCCAACGAGUUGUCUUGUCCGCAAUGGCCGACGCCAACGUUGCAAUCCUCGCUUUCCCAGAUUGCAGAAUUCCAGCACAGCUCAACACCGAUGUCCUCAAUCCACCGUGGGGUACAGCGGCGGAUUUUCCGACCAACACUCUGCUGGCGAGUCAAGCAAUUCUGCCCGCAAUAUCUGUGCCUGUCGGCCUGACCCAGGAUCUGGGUCUGCCCGUAGGUCUCGAAUUGGUGGGAGUUCCGCUCAGCGAGCAGGUGCUGUUUAACGCUGCCGCUUGUGUUGAGAGUGUUGUUGAUGGAAGGCGGCCGCCGAAGCUUUAA